GAGGAGGGGGUGGUCGCCGCGCUGGGGGCCAGCCUGAUCCAGCAGCGGGAGGGGGGAGACCGCGCCCUCACGGCCUUCCCCCGCGAGCUGUCCCCCCUGGCGGGCAACACGCUGCUGGGCGCGGGGCUGGUGGGCGGCCCCAGCCUACCCGGCGGGCUGCCCAGCCUGCCCGGCCGGGACUCGUGCUCGGACGCCUUCUGGAAGAUGCCCCACAAAGAUGACGACCACUGCCACAGCUCCGCGGCCGCGGCCGCUGCCGCCGUGGCCCAGAGCACCCUGUUCGGCUGCUCGGCCGCCGGCCACUCGGGCAUCAACCAGCUGGGCGGCGUGUACGUCAACGGGCGGCCGCUGCCCGACUCCACCCGCCAGAAGAUCGUCGAGCUGGCGCACUCGGGCGCGCGGCCGUGCGACAUCUCCAGGAUACUGCAGGUGUCCAACGGCUGCGUCUCCAAGAUCCUGGGAAGGUACUACGAGACGGGCUCCAUCAAGCCCAGGGCGAUCGGCGGCUCCAAGCCGCGGGUCGCCACCUCCUCCGUGGUCAACAAGAUCGCCGACUACAAGCGCGAGUGCCCCUCCAUCUUUGCGUGGGAGAUCCGGGAUCGCCUGCUCUCGGAGGGCGUCUGCAACAACGACAACAUCCCGAGCGUGUCCUCCAUCAACCGGGUGCUGCGCAACCUGGCCUCGCAGAAGGAGCAGCAGGCGUCGGCGGGGCAGGGCGAGUCGGUGUACGACAAGCUGAGGAUGUUCAACGGCCAGGCGCCCGGCUGGGCCUGGUACCCGGGCGGCCACCACGCCGCGCCGCACCUCGGGCUCAGCCCCGGGGCCACCAUGGCGCACCUGGGCGACGGCAAGCGGGCCCCGGGCGCCGGCAGCCUCCCCAGGCCGGAGUGCGACGGUGACCUGUCCCAGGAGGGUGUCGGCUCGGACGGCAACUCAGACCACAACUCGUCGGGGGACGGUGAGGACGACUCGCAGCUCACUGACCGUCUGAAGCUCAAGCGGAAGCUACAGCGCAACCGGACCUCCUUCUCAAACGAGCAGAUAGACAGCCUGGAGAAAGAAUUCGAGCGGACCCAUUACCCUGACGUGUUCGCAAGAGAGCGGCUAGCGGAAAAAAUUGGCCUUCCAGAAGCGAGAAUCCAGGUGUGGUUCAGCAACCGGCGCGCCAAGUGGAGACGAGAGGAGAAGGUCCGGGGCCAGCGGCGGCCCGACGUGGCGCUGGGCGGCGGCGGCAGCGCGGCCUCCACGCCGACGGCGUCCACGCCCAACGGCGGCGGCGCGGCCCCCGGUGGCGGCGGCGGCGGCGGCCUCGGCGGAGUGUCGCCCGGGCCGCCCAGCUCCAGCUCGGCCGUGGGCAGCGCGACGGGCGCGGGCGCGGGCUCGGCCUCCGUCAGCCGCCUCAACAUCAACUCGAGCUUCAACUCGAUGUACUCCGGCAUCUCCCAGCCCAUCGCCACCAUGGCCGACAGCUACAGCGGCAUGAGCUCGAUGAACGGCAGCUGUCUGCAGCAGCGCGAGGCGCACGCCGCCCACGCGGCCCACGCCUCGCAGCUGCCCGCGCACGGCUACCCCUACAUGUUCCACCACGACGCGCUGACGGCGUACAACGCGCGCGCGCCGAGCAUGGCGCACCAGGGCCACCAGGCGCACCACGGCGGCUACGGCCCCGCGCACUCGUCGGUGCCCACCAGCACGGGCGUCAUCUCGGCGGGCGUGUCCGUGCCGGUGCAAAUCCCCAGCCAGGGCGGCACGGACUACAGCUGCUGGCCGCGGCUCCAGUGAUCCGAGCUGUCGCAGCUGUUCAGUGGCGGCCUGUCCGGCCUGUCCGGGCUGUCGGCCGCCACGGCAGCUGCAGUGGCCACGGCCGCGCGCCUGCUCCCGCAGCCCCAGCACGCCUACCAGGACUACGCCAGGCGCGCGCCCGCGGCCGCGUACGACGGCCUCGAUGGCCAGGGUCCGCAGGGCUCGCCGCCGGCCCCACACCAGUGAGCCCGAGGCCGAGGCCGUGACAAAGACACUCGCCCCGGCGCACCCGCGCUGCGGUGCGCCGUGCGGCCCUGUAAGUAUCGAAGUGUUUUGUGAUAUUUGUGAUCGCUGACCCGGCCGGGUCCGGCGCCGGGCGCGCGCCGCCACCGCCACCAUGUGCUGCCGGCCGCCCGGACCGACCCGCUUCCGGUCACGACGAUAGGCUUUUCUGAUCCGAAUCAAACUCAAGUAGUCUAUCAGGCCCGAGUGAGAGCCUCGCCUCCCCCUUCUCUCCUUCCGCUUCGCCUCCACUUCUGUCCAGAGUGGCACCGCGCAACGCAACAUCUGCCGCACCCGCGGGGUGGAGCGCUCGUGUGUGCGUUCACUCCUCUCAUUAGAUUUGUUGUCCGAGUCGAUUUUUGCGUGGUUUCCUUCUUGUGGUUAUAGUAAAAACUCUAAGAUAGAAAUAUGCGGCACACAUCUUCUUGCGACUCAUACCCGCCUUAUUAGUUCACCGCGCAUCCCAAACUUUACUCGACGGCGGAGUUUUCAGAAAUCAUUAUUUUAAAAAUCCGUAUUUUCCAGAGUUUUAAGCCUUAGCCUUGAAUAGACGAGACUAGAACCAAAGCGCAAAUUAGUGUAGACUCGUUCCGUUCGCAGUCUUGAUGUUCAAUGUCUUUUAAUUAUUAAAGAGUCAUCGUGUUAACAUGUACAUAAGAGAUGGUAACUGUGACCAUUUCAACUGAAAAUGUCACUGUCAAAAUUAUAUUUAACUUAUUUGUUAGUUUACUGUUUCUUAAUACAAGCACAGAGUCUCGUAAUAAAUGUAUAGCUAUAUUUAAGGAUGCGUUUAUUUAUGCCUGUAAUCUAUGUACAUACACUUGUAUGUAAGUACGGAUCUUGUGAUGGUCGUUUUUGUAGCACAUGCAUCAUAAACACCUCUGUACAAAAAUGUGAUGCAAGCAGAAUUUGCCAAUGUACAUAUUUAUCAUUUUUUGAAAUGUGUAGAUGUUUUGUAAAUUUUGUCAAUCCAAAAAUGUUUUAUUUCCUUAAUCAAUACACAAUUUAAUUGUUGUCAAUAAUAUAUAUUGCUGUGAUUAUGAUAAUUUAUGUUAUGAACUGUGCUGUUUAGCAUGUGUAGGAAGAAUAAACAAAUAUAUUCACAAUUCAUGAUUCUUCAUGGAUUUAUUAAAUGGAA